AUGCAUGCUCCACGCGAGUCUCGGGACGGCGGCCACCCAUCUUCUGCCGCCUCAGCCCGAGGAAACUUUGUCGCUCACGUAGAAAGUAAUUCGAACGGUGAGGCGAACAAGGAACUCAACGAACACCUUGAAGUCAAUACAGACGUCAUCUCGACGGCUCCAGUUUCCGGCACGGACGGCGAGCUUGCUGCCGAAGAACAGUUCGAGUCCACCUCGAACAACACAGCCAACAAGAACGAGAUCGUUGGAACCUCAUACAAAGGACCUUACUCCAACGUUGACGACGCAGAUGUUUCCGCCGUUGAUACCUACCGGCCGGACCCCUACGACUUUGGUCGACACCGUCGUGACAAUGUCUCCAAAAAGCAGAUGGCCAUCGAACAUCCGAAGGGCAACAAGAGAAAGCUGAAGAAGUUUUACAACAGACAAAAUGUGCUCAUUGACCAGUUUCUUGGUGCCGAAGACGAGGAAAGACAACAAGUCGCCGAAGAUGCGCGGAUGGGCCCUAAAAUCAAAUUCGCCGUCAACGCUUCCUUCACAGCCAACUUUUGCCUGUUUGUCAUCCAACUCUAUGCUGCCGUCUCAACCGGAUCUCUAUCGCUAUUUGCCACUGCAGCCGACGCUUUCGUUAGUAGACCCGUUCUCUCCGAUGCGGCAUUACUUUAG